CUGCUUACGGAUUCCUACCUUACAUGAAUACACUGUAUGUGACUCUCGUGGCGUGGCUUCUCUGCAUAGACCUAUUGCUCUGCCUGUGCACUUUGAAGAUUGGUUAACUGGCUCACUGGAGCCCCACCCUGUAUGGGAAGUGUGUGCAACACACCGAAAAGACUUGAGUUCCUACAGAUACAGAAGACUAUGAGUCCCACCCGAAUCCUUUAGCUGCUCUAAGGUGGGUCCUGUCCAUCGUUAAUUUUCAUUCUAUCCAUGGAUGUGGGGUGGAGUAGAAUUAGCCUGCUAGAUUUGUUAACUGAGUGAUGACCACUGACAUUCUGGUUUUAUUGCUCUUAAGAAUAUGUUGGUUAGUAGUUUCCAGGAAGGGAACCCCUUUGGUUCCUCUGGCUUGGUAUGAUCCAUGCAAAUAACUCCCACUGGUGGCAAGUGAGAAAGACUCAUUCUUCUUUUGACUGAACGGGGGAAAACAGCUGAAACAGUUUCCCCAGCUGAUAUAGUCUGGACGAAAGAAGAGAUCUUUAUCAAUGGUCCUCCGAAUCCCCCUUCGCAGGAGUGCCAGCUUCACUCCUGACCACCAGCCUGGGGCAGAGGUCUCCACUUCUACCCCUGUGAAAAUGGAAGCCAACGUGGUGGUCCUAGGAGCAGACAGCGUGGGAAAGUCAGCUCUGACGGUGCGUUUCCUUACCAAAAGGUUUAUUGGGGAAUAUGGAGACAUGGAGUCUGUCUACACUCACAGUUUGGCAAUAGAAGGCAAAGAGAUUCUUUUCCACAUCUGGGACAUUCCUUGCUCGCAGGAGAAGUCAGAGGACAACUCAUCCAAAGAUAAACGCAUCCAGUGGGCUGAUGGCUUUGUCUUGGUCUACAGCAUCUGUGACCGCGCCAGCUUCAACAGUGUCCAACCCAAAGUCCAGUUCAUCAAAGCCGCCAAGGAAAGUCCAAGCCAGGAGAAAGUGCCCAUUGUUAUUGUGGGCAACAAGCGAGAUCUACACCAUCACCGGGAGGUUUCCAGUGAAGAGGGACGUCUCCUGGCCCUCUCCAUGGACUGUGAGUUCUAUGAGGUAUCAGCAGCCGAAGCCUAUCAUGGAGCACUCAUGGUCUUCCAUGGCUUAGCAGAACGCAUCUGCGAGGCCAAACUGGCCCUGAAAAAAGGCACAGGAAUCCGUAAUAUCGUCAAGAGUGUAUCUGCUGUCUUUGCUCGGAAAAGAACAGACUCAAUGUGAAAAAAAAAAGGCGAAUGUUCUGUAAACACUGUGGGAGAACA